CUCGGUGCCCGGGGAGCCGCCGCGGGAGCCCGCUGCAGCCGCCGGCAGGUUGACCAGCCUGGAUCACGGCGCUAGGGACCCGAAGCAAGGAUCCUGACUGAUGCCUGUUUAGUACGACCUGACUUCUUGAGGAGAACAAGUAUUUCUCUGAAGGCCUGUCCCCUGAAAGCAGCAGGCAGGACAAUCCUGGCUGGAAAGAAAUACAUGGGACACACAGACAAUUAAAGACUAGACUAGACACUGUGCUUCAAGUUCCAAGAUUUGUGAAGGAAGAAUUGGAUCAAGGAGCCUGAAGACCAUGGAGGGAGACUGUCUGAGCUGCAUGAAGUACCUGAUGUUUCUUUUCAAUUUCUUUAUAUUCCUGGGAGGAGCGUGCCUGCUGGGAGUUGGGAUCUGGGUCAUUGUGGAUCCCACAGGUUUUCGAGAGAUAGUGGCUGCCAACCCUCUGCUCUUCACGGGAGCGUACAUCAUGCUGGCCAUGGGAGCGAUGCUGUUUCUGCUGGGUUUCCUCGGCUGCUGCGGUGCCAUCCGUGAGAACAAAUGCCUCCUGCUUUUUUUCUUCAUGUUUAUUUUGUUAAUCUUCCUGGCAGAGCUUUCAGCUGCAAUCCUGGCUUUUAUCUUCAGAGAAAACCUGACCAGAGAGUUUUUCACCAAGGAGCUGAAGAAGCAUUACGUGAGGAACAACGACACGGACGUCUUCUCUUCCACCUGGAACUCUGUUAUGAUCACAUUUGCCUGCUGCGGAGUGAACGGACCAGAAGAUUUUGAAGCUAUCCCUCAUCUUCCACACUCCUCUGUGGAAAAGGCGACACCGGAGGCUUGUUGCCAGCGAGAGCUCCAGAGCCGGGAAGGGAUGUUUGUCAACAAGGAAGCCUGCCUCACAGGCGUCGAGAGGUUUCAGAACCGACAGGGCUGCUACACUGUGAUCCUGAACUCCUUUGAGACCUACGUGUACCUUGCAGGAGCCCUUGCCAUCGGAGUGUUGGCCAUUGAGCUGUUUGCCAUGGUCUUUGCCAUGUGUCUCUUUCGAGGGAUCCAGUAAGAGGUGGCCCGUGAACCACCACGUUCCCCACGUACGCAGAAGAAAGAAGGAAAAUCAGAAGAAACAAAACCUGAAAACACCCAAAAAACUUUAUUUUUUUUAACAAAAUGGGGUAGGGGGGGAAAAAAAAGAAAAAAAAGAGGGUUGUAAUAUAUGAAUGACCAAAAGGAUUGUACUUCAGGGGCUGGAACUUUGAGGUGAUGUGCACUACACUGUACACCGGACCCUUGCCCAGAGCCACCCGCAGCAGCCGUGGAGCAGGAGCCCAGCGCAGCUGAUUGCACUAGAGACUGACGGAGCCGGCGGGGGAGAGCGCAGCUGCCUCUCCUGCAAGGCCGUGCCUACCGUUCGCAACUUUAUCAUGUUUUAGACAGCAAAGGACUGAAGAACGGCCACGCAGGGGCUGGAUAAGGCAACAGGUUGGCCAAAGUCUGUGACUGUCCAGGUGGGUUUGAAACAAGGAGUGGUGGUGGCUCAUCUCAGAAGUAGGUAGUCGUCGUUCGCGCGAUUCUGGCUUUAAUGCCCAGCCGCAGAAUGAAAACACACGUUCUUCAGUGGAAGCUUUGCCCCUCUCACCUGAAACUGUCAGAGGAGUCAGGCGCUUGAGUGAGGCUGGCUUUUCUCUGGAGCCCCAAGCAGGGCAGCGUGGUCUCACUUAGCAAUGGGACUUGGCUAAGGCUGGCUGAUGGUCAAGAGUUUGGUGCCUACCUUUCUGUGUUUAUUAAGACUUACUGUUCCUUGUUGUGAAAAAGAAAGAGAGCAAAUGGUUCCCUGCUGUGUGCCCAUCUCCUGGGAAAAUUAAUGGCUCUGGUCAAGAAUCAUUGAUACUGCUGCCUACCUGAGAAGGGGAGGAAAUAGUGUUUAAAUCUUGUCAGCCUUUGCCUUUCCCUUCGUACUUGCAAAAAAUGGUUUGUGGUGCUCUGUUAGCAUAAAUAUUUGCAGUGGAUUCCUACAUGCUUUCCAGCCCUAAGGGGAGUUCCAGGCAUGGUGCUGGAUGGAGCAGGCUGCGAUUUGUCAUCCGCUCCUAUGCUGUUUGCCUGAAACAGUCUUGUGGCAUCGUUUCUGCUCAGAGGAUUUCCCCUGACAUCCUUCCGUGGGCUCAUGACGAAAGCAAUUGUUUUAGCCUGCCUGCUAGUUGAGAGUGUUUCCUCCCUUGAGAUAGUUUGACGUUUAACUAAUGUUAUCAUCUACUUCAUCGCUUGGAAGUGAACUUGAUAAAGAUGCCUGGGCCUUGGUCAGAGAUCAAGAUGGGACUGCUGAGGCCCCAGACAGGCUCUAAGAGCCCCCAGCAUGCGGCCAAACCGCUCCAGCCGCUGCGCCAGUGGUUGUGGUUAUCGACCCGGAGAGGUCACUGGUUUCUCUCUGAAAGCCUCAACCUGUUGCCUUAAUUGUUCAUCUGGUCACUCCCUGACCCCAAACUCAUUGUGCUUGGGGGAGGACAGACGGGGCUGUGGUUUCUCGUUCAGCUUAGGUCUUCUUACAGAUUUUAUAGGCUCAGGUUAUGGAGCACUUUUAUAUUGGCUUAAACCAGCCCCCCCCCCCCGAAAGCUGUAACCACAGGCAAGGAAGGAGAGGGGGCAGAAGGCAGCAGCGAGGAGCCGAGCCGUAACCUUGCGCCCAGGUUUGGCAGCAGCCGGUGGGCUUUGCCUGGCCGUUCCCUUACACCGCUGGGGCUGCGUCCCUUCGGCUUGCCCCG